AAAGCUUUGCUGGAAAGCUAAGAAACAUUCAUAAAGUCAAAUUUCCUUUUCUCCUAAUGCUUUUACUUGGUCGGUUAAGGUCCUUCUCUUAUGUGCAUUGGAAGGCAUGGGAUUAGACUUUUCUAGUUGGAUAUGCUGCUGUUGCAGGUGACUGUAUGAAAGUACAUAUAUUUGGCUUGAUUGAUGAUGUGGUGAGAUUUCUAAUUAAAUACAUUUUGCUUCACCAGGGAAAAAAAAGUUUGCUUCAGCCUCCUUGCGUUUCGGUUCUACGUGACUGUUUUUUACCUAGACUGCAAAUGAGGCUUGGGAGUCCAGACUCCAGAAAUUCCUACUAACUGUAACUCCAUAUGUUUUCCUUUUGUGGUUUUGAUGCUUUGUCCAAGACUGUUUUUCUCCUUUUUAUCUGUGUAUUCACAGUGGUAAAACUGGGUUGUUAAGUAGUAGAUUACGUUUUUUGGCCUUUGUUGAUAUUGUGAUUUAUCAUUUGAAAACUUUUCAGGAAAAUAAAAGAGAAUAAGCUGGCUUGAAGAUAUGGCAUCUCUUACUCCUGGGGUACUGUUAAAAGUACUAAAAAAUAUAAAUUCUGAUGUGAAAGUCUGUGGAGAAUACCGGUCCAUUCUUCUCCAAGUUAUUAGCAUAGUUCCUGCAAUUACUGGUUCAGAACUUUGGCCAGACCAUGGUUUCUUUAUAAAAGUCUCAGACUCGUCUCACUCAACAUAUGUUUCUUUAUCAAAGGAGGAUAAUGAACUUAUCUUAUCAAACAAGCUUCAACUUGGACAGUUUAUAUAUGUUGAAAAGGUUCAAUCAAGUAUUCCUGUCCCAAUUCUUGUUGGGGUUCGACCUGUUCCAGGAAGGAACCCUUGCAUUGGAAAUCCGAAGGAUUUGAUGCAGAUGUCUACUCCUUCCGGUGUUUCAGAAGCAUUGGAUCAACAACGGAAGGCUGCCAAGUCUGCUGAAUUGUCUGAGAGUGAAAAGGAAAAUUCUCAGAGGAAGGUAGUUAUCAAAGAGCAGAAGGCAGUUGUAGCUUCACGAUACAUGCUUGGUAUAUCUAGCAACAAUAGCAAAAUUACCAAUCUAAACUCCAGCAUUGAUAGUGAUAAAAGUAAUGGAGGGAGUAGCAUAUGUUCUGCAAAUCAGAAGUCUGCUCCUCCAAAAUUUAAACAAGAGCCAAAACCUCAGGAACGGCCAAAUACUCCAUCUCGCAGUCCUGCUAAGAUAGUUUCUGCAAAGCAAGAAAUUAACAAGGACACGCACAAGAAUAGUGCUUCUUUACCUAGUCAGAAUGGCUCUGCUGUAGUGAAGAAGCAAAUCCCUAAGGAAAGCAAAAGGGAGUCUGCAUCUGCAAAAAGCUCACCGCCAAAGAUUUAUAGGACUUCACCACCAACACCAACACCGCCGCUGCCUUCUACGACCUCACCAGCAAAGCCUAAUGGUACCUCCAGUACAGUUACUUCUGUGCUGAAUGUUAAACGAAGAGUUACUGAAACUGUCUCCUGGGACUCCCUUCCAACAAGUCUAAUCAAGUCAGGAAAGGCUGUUGUCAGGAGGAAGAAUAUUGCUCUUGUAGUAGCAGCUGAGGCUCAAAGAGAGGCUACUGCAGCUGCAUCUCUUGUUAAAGGCCUUGGAAUAUUUGCUGAGAUCAGGAAAUCUGCUGAGGAGGAUCCUCAUGCUACAAUUACCAAGUUUUUUCAGCUAAGCCGGCUGAUCAUUCAGCAAAGUGUUGUUUGGAAAGAUUACUCAUCAGAUUCUGUCAAAGAAUCUCGGCCAGAGAAGGAAAAACCAUCAAGGAAAGCCUCUGCGUCUCAGAAUAAAACUGUUGCAAGUAGUACAACAAAAAACUCUGACGAUGCUUAUACUAGUGAAAAGAUUGACUGGGCCAGAGAGGAUGGUUUCAAGGAGAUCUGCAGAUCAUGGGUUAUUCUAAAAAAAGAGUCGCAAUCAUGGUUUCUCAAUUUCUUGGAAGAUGCUCUUGAAGCUGGAUUCAAGUUUGAGGGCCAAAACAAGAACACCAAAGAACGAGUGAGGCACUCCAAGGGUGGAGAUGGGCAAAUCGCAGUCCGGCUGUCACAACUGAAGGAAACGAGUAACUGGCUUGACCAGCUGCAUGCUGAGGCUGAUAAAUCUCAAGAUGCUUUGGUUGCAACCAUUGAGCAACUCAAGCAGAAGGUGUACACCUGCUUACUCGGGACCGUCGAAACUGCUGCAUCAGCACUUGAAGCCAGGUAGAUGCUGUUCAGAGGCUCAUCAGGGCUGGUUAUGUUUAUUUUUUGACUUGGAACCAGCUCAAGUUACUCUGUGUUGUAAGAGCACAGCAACACAUACGAUCGAUCCUGAUGCCAAGGAGAGUGAAGAAUCGAUCAUCUAAGUUAUUCCCACUUGUACAGUUUGUACGAGGUGACAUAGGAGUGAGAAGUGAGGUGUAAAUAGUCGAGGUGUGCGUCCAUUUAAAUUAUACAUUAAUUUAUCAUUUUUUUUCCGGCAGCGUUCGUGUUGCGUGCGUGGUGGCAAUCUCUGUUACUCUUCGUAUUUGCUCAAUACAAAUCUGAAGCCUUGCAGCUUGCAUCAAAA